AUGCCUCCUUACUUUGUGUUAGCAGGCGACAGCACCACAGCAACGCAAUCGUCAGAUGGAGGAGGCUGGGGAGAUGGAUUCCUAAACACGACAUUGUUCAAUGGAGCAUCUGGUCACAACUACGGACAUAACGGAGCGACAACCGUCAGCUUUCGAGCUGGGGGCGAUUGGGACAACGUCCUUGCAACGGUCCGGAAUGUUAGCCACGAGUACCAGCCAUUCGUCACCAUACAAUUCGGUCACAAUGACCAAAAGGCAGCUGCAAACAUCUCGCUUGCAGAAUAUACCAAGAACCUACAGCGCUUCGUGACAGAGGCGGCGAAUGCUGGGGCAACGCCUAUUCUUGUGACGCCCUUGUCAAGGCGCAAUUAUGACAACUCGACAGGAACACCAAUGAUCAUUCAAGACCUCGCGAACCAAACUGCUGCCACUAUCACUGCAGCACAUAACACCGGUGCCGCAUUCAUCAAUCUCAACCGAGCCAGCACCGACUACCUGAAUGCUAUUGGACCGACGGAUGCCUAUACAUAUAACUUGAUUCCUACCGACCACACACACCUGAAUGUUGACGGGAGCAUCGUUUUUGGUGGAAUAGUUGCCGAACUGAUCCAGCGUGAUUUCACCAAGUUGCAUGGUCAUGACUUCAUUCGUGUGAAUGAGAAACUAAGAGAGGAUGUUGCACGGGGUAUCUACUACUGGCCUUGA